GUUCUUGUCCUCACUUCUCAAAACUGGCCAGCAAUACCGUGACUUUCACCAACAGGUCAGGCAUUAACCUGUUGAGCAUCUCCUCAUACACGAGAAAUUCGACAAUCAGCAAGUCUAGGCCACCUCCGCCUUCUCAGCCCCGUCCGGCAGACGACUUAUUGGCGAUAUGGUGACACCACACAUGCCGGCAACCAUGUCAGCGAUGUCAGCGACCCCAAACAGCACGGCGCAAGCCACCAUCGACUCCGUCCUUCACGACAUCCAGGCAGGCGAAGAUACCUUUACCACCCCGAGCCACGAGGAUAUCGAGAAGCGGAGACUCUCGCGCAGGGCAAUGGCUAGGGUAGCCCUAGUCAAGGAGCACGAGCGCCUUCUUCGAAAGGCUUUGGAAAAGGACUUUGCUCUAAUCGACAAGGAGUACGAUCGGGAGAUGGCUAUCGUCACGGCGGCAAGAGCGAGGUUCCUCGACCAGGCAACCCGUACCAAGCAGGAUCUCGAGGACAUGAAGAAGAGCAGAGGCUUCGGGCUCGCGUUAUUAUGCUCUCUUAGCCUUCCAGGAAAGGUGGAGAAAGAUGGCGAGCAAGAAACCAUUGAAGCAGGGCACGUCAUGGAUAGAUGUACCCUGACUGCUGAUGGGCCAGGCUCGGAUGAGAAGCAUCAGUGGCAUGAAACUCCCACCAACAACUAUCCCGAGCUGCUUGAGCACCCCAGGAAGGAUGGGGAUGAGGAUGAUGAGGUAUUGUCAGAUUCGCAGCCUGUUCGGUCAGCUGCUCACCCGCGUAAGUGCACAAGCCACAUUUAA